ACACCCCCCACUCUAUACUCUUAUCCAAAAUUCAAUGGCAAAAACCACCCUGUCAUUGCUGCCACUGAUCCUCUGCCUCCUGUACAUUUCCGGCACCGCCGCCUCGGCGAACUUCAUCAAGGCCUCUUGCAGUGCCACCGCCUAUCCGGCCGUGUGCGUCCAGUCUCUCUCGGUCUUCGCCACCACCAUCCAGAAAAGCCCGCGCCAAUUGGCCCAGACGGCAUUGUCCGUGAGCCUAGCCCGGGCUCAGUCCACCAAGUCAUUUGUGACAAAGCUAACAAAAUUUAAGGGAUUGAAGGCCAGAGAGUAUGAAGCAAUCAAGGACUGUUUGGAGGAGAUGGGUGACACCGUUGACCGGCUUAGCAAAUCGGUUCUGGAGCUCAAACGGGUGGGUAAAGCCCGGGGUCCGGACUUCUUGUGGCACUUGAGCAAUGUGGAUACUUGGGUCAGUGCUGCUAUAACUGAUGGGAACACUUGCAUGGACGGGUUCGCGGGUCGGGCCAUGGAUGGUAGGAUUAAGACCUCGAUUAGGGCACGUGUCACUAAUGUUGCACAGGUCACUAGUAAUGCACUAGCUUUGAUUAACCAGUUUGCUGCCAAGUACUAAGGCACUUGUGUUUUUCUGUGAUUAGUCUAAAGGUUUUGUAAUGUUUAAAAGAGUUAAAAUGCCAAUCUUAGUUUGAGUUGGCUUUUAAUUUUGAUGUAAUGUACAUCUUAUAUGAUGUUUUUAUGAGACAUUAAUUUUCAGUGAAACUUUGUUUUAA